UAAGCAAACUCCUGAUUGACUUGACUUAACCCCCCGUUCCUGCCGAGGGGGGAGUGUCCUCUUUCUUUCCAUAUAAAGCCCAGCGCGCGCCUGUCUGUCAGGCAGAGAGCGCGUGCAGCACAGAGAGGAGGUGACACAAAGGAGAGCUGUACCCGGGCUGUGUAAGAGUUAAACGCUUGUUUUUCUGCGGGACUUGGUCUGACCCGAGGAGUGUCUCGAGCUGUGUGAGUUGUAGCAUGACUGGAGCAGCUUCGUGGGCUUUAAUCGGACCUGCCUGCUGAGUUUCCGGUCACUCUUCGGGGCGCGCAGAAGGAGCCCGACGAUGGAGAGGAGCAUCCCGGGAUGGUGCGCGCUGCUCUUCCCCCUCAUCCUGCACGGGACGCGCUGCCUGGCGGCCAAGGAGCUUCAGUGCCAGGAGAUCUCCGUCCCGCUGUGCAAAGGCGUGGGCUACAACUACACCUACAUGCCCAACCAGUUCAACCACGACACGCAGGACGAAGCUGGCCUGGAGGUGCACCAGUUCUGGCCCCUGGUGGAGAUCAAGUGCUCCCCGGACCUGCGCUUCUUCCUCUGCAGCAUGUACACGCCGAUCUGCCUGGAGGACUACAAGAAGCCUCUGCCGCCGUGCAGGAGCGUGUGCGAGCGGGCCAAAGCCGGCUGCGCUCCCCUCAUGAGGCAGUACGGGUUCCCGUGGCCGGACCGCAUGAGGUGCGACCUGCUCCCGGAACAAGGCGACCAGGAGACGCUGUGCAUGGACUACAACCGGAGCCAGACCACCACGGCGUCCCCGGUCUUGGCCAAGCCCACGAACCGACCCCUGAAGCCGUACAACAAGAAGAAGAGCGGCUUCGGUCGAGGUUUUCCCGGGAAACACAAACCGGGCGGCGCGCCUCCGUGCGAAACGGGCUGCUUCUGCCGCGCGCCCAUGGUGUCGGUGAGCAGCGACGGACACCCGCUGCACAACCGCGUCAAAACGGGACAGAUCAGGAACUGUGCCAUGCCGUGCCACAACCCUUACUUCACCCAGGAGGAGAGGACUUUCACCUCCUUCUGGAUCGGCCUCUGGUCGCUUCUCUGCUUCAUCUCGACUUUCGCGACCGUGGCAACUUUUCUCAUCGACAUGGAGAGGUUCAAGUACCCCGAGCGGCCCAUCAUCUUCCUCUCCGCCUGCUACAUGUUCGUGUCCGUCGGCUACAUCGUCAGGCUGAUCGCAGGGCACGAGGAGGUCGCGUGCAGCAGGGAGAACGGCGCAGAGCACGUCCACUACGACACGACGGGUCCUGCGCUCUGCACCAUCGUCUUCCUGCUCAUCUACUUCUUCGGCAUGGCCAGCUCCAUCUGGUGGGUCAUCCUGUCCCUCACCUGGUUCCUGGCCGCGGGGAUGAAGUGGGGCAACGAGGCCAUCGCCAGUUACUCCCAGUACUUCCACCUGGCUGCCUGGCUCAUCCCCAGCCUCAAGUCCAUCGCAGUCCUGGCUCUGAGUUCUGUGGACGGGGACUCGGUGACAGGGAUCUGCUACGUGGGGAACCAGAACCUGGACAACCUGCGGGGGUUCGUGCUGGCCCCGCUGGUCAUCUACCUGUUCAUCGGCACCAUGUUUCUGCUGGCCGGGUUCGUGUCGCUGUUCCGGAUCAGGAGCGUCAUCAAGCAGGGGGGCACCAAGACCGACAAGCUGGAGCGGCUGAUGAUUCGGAUCGGGGUCUUCACGGUGCUGUACACGGUUCCGGCCACCGUCAUCGUGGCGUGCUACUUCUACGAGCAGCACAACAGGCAGCUGUGGGAAAUUACGCACAACUGCACGUGCCUGGCGGACCCGAGCAGGCAGAGGCCGGACUACGCCGUGUUCAUGCUCAAGUACUUCAUGUGCCUGCUGGUGGGGAUCACCUCAGGGGCCUGGAUCUGGUCCGGGAAAACGCUGGAGACCUGGAGGACUUUCUGCACGCGCUGCUGCUGGGGGAGCAAGGCCUCGGCGGGCUCCAUGUACAGCGACGUGAGCACCGGACUGACCUGGAGGUCCGGGACGGCCAGCUCCGURUCCUGCCCCAAACAGAUGCCCCUGUCCCGGGUCUGAACAACAGGGGGGCUUUCCGCGCAAAUGCAGCUUCUUUCCUCAUUUAAAGGCUCAAAUAAAGACAUAAAGAUUGUAUUUUAUUAAYGAUUGAACCCGAGUCACCAAACAGCUUCUCAAAUGUGAAAUCUUAAAUUUGUUUGAAAAGUUACAGGAUGAGUUGUGUCCCUUCUGUGCCUUACCCAAGAACCAGAGGGGGCUGCUGGAGGGAGGUGGGGGCGAAGAGAGACUAAUUGUGUUGGGAUUGUCCUUCAGCCUGGUGUAAUUAGCACAUUAAUGAACGCCUAAUGGCCUCUCUUUAAAUAAUGAGGCCGUCAGCAGUGGAACAAUGUACCUGACUGGAAGAAUGCAGUCUUAUCUGGGAUUAAUUGAAUGCUUGCAGCUCAGAUCCCCCCUGUCGAUAGGUUUACACUGUAAAACUCUAAAACCYGAUGAGUGGCUUCAACUCCAAUCAUUUCACUUUAUUAACUCAGAGUCUUUUAAAUUCAGCAACAGAAACUCAAGUUGUUUAAUUCACCUGUUUGGAAUAUUUAACCUCGAGGUCAGUUUUUGUGCCGAUUCAUUUUACUACAGAUUAUACUCGGUGUUUCGUUAUCCAAAGUGGGGUCCUCACUCAAAUACGUUAGUAUAAGAAAUUUUUAUUCAGUAAAACUUCAAGCACACACGAUUCUACAAAGUUUGUAAUUCUUUUAUUAAUGUUUCUGUUGGGGUUUACAGGUAGCCGACAGGUGAAACUCGUAUUUCUUCUGAACUGUGAAGAACCGUCGUGUCUUAAACGCCACAUCCACAGCGACACUCGUCUGCUGGAGACGAGGCCAAAGCCGGCCUGUUUUCUUCRUUUAUCAAUGCCUUAAUGAACACAGUCUCAUACGGGUUGCAGGAGCAUGUGAAGUGUAUUUAUAUAAUUAUUUUGUACAUACCUUGUACAUUUGUAUAUGUAAUUUUACAAGACUGUAAAUAUGUAUAAUUUCCACUUUGAUAGAAAACUUUAUUUUGAAAAUAAAAUCUCUUUUAAUGAA